GCUUCCCAGCGCUGCGGGCCGGCCGGAGAGGGGCGCCCAGACCCGCGGACGCCGGGCCCGACCAGCAUGUGGAAGCUGAGCCGCAGCCGGGUGCUCCUGGACGAGCCCCCCGAGGAGGAGGACGGACUGCGGGGGGAGCCGCCGCCCGCCGCGGACGCCAGCGCCGCGCAGGGAGCAGGUUUCCGAGGUUGGAAGGAAGUGACUUCGCUGUUUAAUGACGACGACGAGGAGCACCUGCUGGGAAGAUGCAAAUCUCCCAAGUCCAGGGGAACCAGCUUACGGUUGAAGGAAGAGCUGAAGACGGAGAAGAAGUCUGGGUUUUGGGACAAUCUGGUCUUAAAGCCGAACACACAGUCCAAGAAGCCGGACGAGAUCGAGGGCUGGGAGCCCCCCAAGCUCGCUCUCGAAGACCUGGCGGCCGAGUCGGGCCCCCUGAGCGACCAGGCGCCCCAGCCGGGCUGGGAGGAGGGGGCCAAGGGCUCCGGCAAGUACACCAGCCUGGCCGGCCCGGGGGGCAGCUCACGCUGGAGCCUGCGCUCGGCCGGGAGGCUGGUCAGCAUCCGGCGCCAGAGCCGCGGCCACCUGACCGAGAGCUGGGAGGAGCUCGAGUGACCGGCUCGGCCAGCGGGUCACACCAGAAUCUGCCCAACGUUGCCGCUCUGGCUCCUUCCGCUCAGAGCCUUAGUUUGCUGUCUCAGGUGUUUUCAGUAGAAUUGCUAGUCUCUCCAGGUCUCACACCCUGGGGAGGAGUUUCCAAACACUGUGACCGCCCGGUGCCUGCACACUCCUGCCCCUGGCGGUGCAGUCUCCGGUGCUGCCCCACGGGUACAGCUGCCUCCGUUGGCCGCAUGACGCGGUGACUCCCGCGUGGAACCGGGGGAGCUGACGGUGACACCAAACGCAGCCGCCGGGACGGACACGCCCAGCCGGGGGCCGCGAGUCUGGCCAAGGCCGCGUCAGGUCGUGUUUAUCCUGGAAAAUCAAACUUUUUCUCAAAUUAAAAAUCUGUCAGCAAAUCAAAUUCUAGAGAAGUGAACGCUGCCUGCCGCCGGCAGAGGCCUCGUCCACGGUGGGUGCAGUCGGCGCUGCGUGUGUUGAGGU